AGAGUGCGGAACGUACGCGCUCGCGCGCCACUCGCAGAGAUGUCAGGAUUCCGAAGUCACGCGAGCUGAGCCCGUCUACCUGCUGUCCCCCACGAGAUAUUCUCCCCAUUACAUCACCACGCGCAUCCUAUGGAAGGCGAAAGGUUUUCAACAAGUUUGUCGGGUGUUUUCUGCUCGUCAUUGUCCUAAAACGACACGGCGAUCGGUGUGCGGAUCAAAGCUAGCCUCGUGCUCGCUGAGUGGGAGACUCGCUGCUGCGGCAGAGGAGCUCGCGGUCUGUUCGGAGAAAGGCAAGGGGCGCGAGCGGAACACAGCUAUGGAGUGCGUGGCAUAAAGAAUGGCAGCACGACCAUGGCUAGAUCAGCACACAGAGGCGGCAGGGACAGCGACUCGCGCGUGUCUCCUUCCACAGAUCGGGGAGAGACACGAGACCUUGGAGACCCGCGGGAACUGUCUCUAGAAGAAGUGCUGAAGUCGUACGAGCAGCCGAUCAACGAGGAGCAGGCCUGGGCGGUGUGCUACCAAUGCUGCGGCGCGCUGAGAGUGCCACCCGCGCGACCCGGGCUCGUGUACCGCGUGGAGAGUCCUUCUUCCAUUCUCCUCCACAGAGACGGGACCGUAUCCCUGCGAGCCGAGCCUCAGAGCAGCAACGCUGAUGGAGGUCCUUUACCUGUUCCUGAGAGCCAGUUGGUCCAGUCCAUGGGCGUGGCCAUCUACCGUGCUCUGGACUGGGGAUUGGCUGACAGUGAGGAGCGGGAGCUAAGUCCCCAGCUGGAGCGGCUCAUCGAGCGGAUGUUAGGGGGGGAGGACGGCACUGAUAUCAGUGUCUGCGCAAGCAGUGCCACAGAGGAUGAAGGCUACAGCGGCCCAGAGGAGGAGGACGAGCAGGAGGAAGAGGGAACCAUGCGUGCAGUAUGCACCUUUCGCCAGGUGAUGGCGCUGUGUGCUUGCAGACUGGCAAACCCAGUCCUGGCUCCGGAACACUACCAGGCAGUGUGCAGGGCGCUGUACCUGGAAACUCUGGAACUGCAGACCUUCCUCUGUAGGAUUCGAGAUGCUAAAGAGAUGCUGAGAAAGAUUAAAACUGAAGAGCCACAAGAAGAGCGAUGUGCUGCUGAACUAGACAACCUCAAAAACACUGACUGGGCUCGUCUGUGGGUUCAGCUCAUGAAGGAGUUGAGGCAGGGUGUGAAACUGAAGAAGGUGGAGCAGGUGCCCUUUGACCUUCUGCCUUCUGAGUUCAGCCUCACACCCUUCGAGAUGCUGAUGAAAGACAUUCGCUCACGCAAGUACAACCUGCGCAAAGUCAUGGUGGAUGGUGACAUCCCCUCACGUGUCAAGCAGAAUGCUCAUGAGAUGAUCCUGGAUUUCAUCAGAUCGAGACCUCCACUCAAACCUGUGUCUGAGCGCACUCUCCCCCCACGCCCCCUCCAGCAGACCCUUCAUGAUCGUGUUCUGGCUGAGAUCCGUCAGGAGCACAAACUACGGCCAGUGGAGCCUCAGCGCGCCAAGAGACCAUUUGGCUCACUGCCUUGUCUGGCAUUCACCUGCCACUGUGAACUCAAAUCCACUUCCUGCAUUGACCUGUCCAUCAUGGAGGCUGGGUGCCGCCCACUGCCCCGCCCCCGGAUCUUGCUGAAGGCCCCCACCCUGGCAGAAAUGGAAGAGAUGAACCUGUUUGAGGAUGAAGACUCCCCAGACAGCAGUGAGAUGAGGCGUGUGGAGAGCUCUCCGGUGCCUCUAAAGCGAGACCGCUCCUUCUCUGAGCACGACCUGGUGGAGCUCCGUGAGGAUCUGCUCACACAGCCGAGCGCUGGCAUGCACCUACGGGGGGGGAGACCACGCUGCUCCACCUUUACAGCACCCACCGCUACACACACACAGAGAGCCUCUUUCCCUGUGAUUGGUCGGGUGUCUCCUGCCUGUCACUCUCUCAGUGCGGUGGAGGAGGUGGUUGAAGCAUCAGGCACUUCAUCAGCUCUCAGCACCUGCCAGUGGAUGGAGGAGUUUAGCCACCCAGUCGAGAGCCUCGCUUUAACAGUGGAUGAGGUCAUUAGUGUGCGGCGAGUGCUGGUGAAGGCCGAGAUGGAGAAGUUUCUCCAAAGUAAAGAACUCUACAACAAUCUGAGGAAGGGCAAGGUGUGCUGCUGCUGCAGGAUAAAGUUUCCUCUCUUUUCUUGGCCUUCUACUUGUCUGCUGUGUAAAAGGCCUGUGUGCAGCACCUGCAGUGCCAAGAUGAAGAUGCCCUCUAAAAAGAUGGCCCAUAUUCCAGUUUACACCGUGGGUUUCCAUAGCAGCCCGAAGAGUCAUGGCCACAGGAGUGAAUUCUACAAGUCUUUGCGGUCUCUCUCCCGAUGCUCAGUAGAGGAGGAGUUUCCAUAUCUAUAUGCUACAGGCUGUGUCCUGAGGGACGUUUGUGCCGACUGCACCAAGUUUGUUUGUGACGUUGUUUCCUCAAGUCGUCGGAGCCUUGAUUUCAUCAACAACACGCCCAAAAGAGAGAAACCACACCCCCACGAUGCUCCCAGCCCCUCCCCUCGUCACAACUCCAUGUCCCCAAGAGGUGGAAUAAUCUAAAGAACUGAUCAUUUGAAAGAGUGGCUCUGCUAACCCCAACCCUAACCCUAACCCCAACCCUAACGCUAACCCCAACCCCAACCCCAACCCUAACGCUAACCCCAA